AUCUGUCAAAUAGUUCACAACUAGAACUACCAGCAAAACAUUCAAGAUGGCGGAAAUUCUGGGCGAGACCAUCCUUCAACGUUUAGAAAAAGAUGGACAGAUUUCGACGGAUGCUUUGGCUAAAUCACUACAAAAAGACCAUCAGCAAAUUGUCGGAGCUGUGAAAAGCUUGCAGUCGCUAGGAAAUGUGAUUGAAACGAAGCAACAAACCAGUAAAUACUGGGAGUUGACUCUCGAAGGGAAGGCCAUCAUCAGAUCAGGGAGCCAUGAGGCCUUGGUGUUCCAGGCGGUACCACAAGAGGGCGGUAUACCACAGGCUGAACUCAUGAAAACUGUUGCAAAUGCAAAGAUUGGUUUCAGCAAAGCCAUGUCGGCAGGAUGGUUAGAGAUCAACAAAGCAGCUGAAGGAGGCCCUCGAGUUAUGAGAAAGGUGUCCAGCAUUGUUGAUAAGGUCAGAGGUCAGCUCGAGAAAGUCCUCGCUGGGGAGAUUGGCUCCCUAACGGACAAGGAGAAAGGAGAGCUGAAGAAAAGAAAACUCAUCCAAGAAGUGACACUGAAUACCUUCUUGGUCAUGAAAGGCUCUGAGUUCAGUACAUCUGUCAGCAAGCCUGAAACAGACCUAACACCAGAGAUGCUUGCCAGUGGUUCUUGGAAGGAUCACAAGUUUAAGGAGUACAACUUUGAUGCGCUUGGGGCCAUGCCAGCCUGCGGUCACCUUCACCCCUUGCUCAAAGUUAGGGCUCAGUUCCGACAGAUCUUCCUGGAGAUGGGCUUCACUGAAAUGCCAACCAACAACUUCAUAGAGAGUUCCUUCUGGAAUUUUGACGCCCUGUUCCAGCCCCAGCAGCACCCUGCCAGGGACAUCCAAGACACUUUCUUCAUCAAAGAUCCCCAAUACGCACAUGAAUUUCCUAUGGAUUACUUAGAAAGGGUCAAAACGGUUCACUCUGUUGGUGGCUAUGGGUCACAAGGGUACAAGACAAACUGGAAGAUCGAGGAAGCCAAGAAGAACAUCUUGAGGACACAUACGACAGCCGUCAGUACCAGAAUGUUAUACCAGUUGGCCCAGGAGGAAAAGUUCCGGCCGGUGAAGUACUUCUCCAUCGACCGAGUGUUCCGCAAUGAGACACUGGACGCCACGCAUCUGGCUGAAUUCCAUCAAAUAGAGGGUGUCAUUGCCGACUACAAUUUGACCCUGGCUGACCUCAUUGGAGUCUUGCACGCAUUCUUCAAAAAGCUUGGAAUUGAGAAGUUGCGUUUCAAGCCAGCCUACAAUCCUUACACCGAGCCCAGCAUGGAGGUGUUCAGCUACCACGAGGGUCUGAAGAAGUGGGUGGAGGUAGGCAACUCGGGCGUAUUCCGGCCCGAGAUGCUGCUGCCCAUGGGUCUGCCCGAGGAUGUGGUGGUCAUCGCCUGGGGCCUCUCCCUAGAAAGGCCCACGAUGAUCAAAUACGGCAUAGACAACAUCCGAGAGCUGUUUGGCCCACGAGUCAACCUGCAGAUGGUCUACGACAACCCUAUAUGUCGCCUUGACAAAUGAAGGGCACGUUGCAAUUAUUUCCUGAAGCAAAAUAUUCUCAUGGUAUAUUUACUUAGUAUGUAAUGUGGAUAACAAGAUGUAGUGGUUUCUAUCGGGAAUGUCGGACCGAUUCCAGCGAGAGUCAAAGGCCGUGACACUUUUCAAAGAAGGCUUACUGGCAUCAACAGUAAUAUUUUUGUUUUAAGUUUAAUUUUGGUCAUCUUCUACACACAAGUUGCCAAAGUACGCUGGUACCUCUCAGUACUUGUGUAUGAUCACUGUGACAAAGAAACAAAGCAAAUGAGUGAAUUUGUAGCAAGAUUAAUUGCACAUUUAUUUGCAAAACCGACACCGGAUAACCAAAAGAUGAAUAAACUUCACUUGGCUACUGUUAGUUUACACAGUAAUUUUACAGUUCCCUUAACAGGCAGAAAAAAACUUUUUUUGUAAAUACCACUUUUAACAAGGGCGGAAAAAUGUUAAGGGAGAACAGGUCCAGGAAGGAAAGAUUUUGAUAGAACAGAUUCGACACAGGGAUUAUGCUUGUAAAAGGCAUCACAAUUUUCAACGGGAUGUGCACAAAUAUAUUAAAGGAACAUGUCUUGGAUACUUUGAUCAGGGGCAACAAUAUGAUAAUGCAUUAUUACCAUAGAAGCCCACAGACUUUGUAACACAAAACUUAGAAGCUGACUCAAUA